CUGUUUCAGGUAGCUGUAAGAUUUCCACGCUGUUUCUGGAAUUCGCUCCUCAAAAAGGACGGCACACUUGACUAUUUCAGUCAUGCCCCACGAAAGAGUAGCGAUCGUGGCCUCUUCAAUAUGUUCUACGACUUCUCACGCAGGGAUGCAAACGGAGUGGCGCCGUUUUACGUGCUAAUGUCGUACGUUUGCGGUGAUUCUGUCGAUAUCGUGAACAAGUACAGUGAUGAAGAGGUUGCACAAAUAUUUGUCGACACUUUGAAACAAUUAUUCCCGAACGAGGAUAUACCAGAACCUGACGGAGCUGUGGUAACUCAUUGGGGCAGAGAUCCACAUAUUGGUAUGUCCUACAGCUAUGUUCGUAUUGGUGGAAGUGGAACUCACUAUGACGACUUGGCGGCUCCAAUCGACGGAAAGCUAUACUUUGCUGGAGAGCAGAAUCCCCGAAAAAUAAUCCAAACCCCGCUAUUGCUCACAAAUCGAUUCUUCCCACAAACGAUGACCGGCGCCUACAUCAGCGGACUUCGUGAAGCAGGACGCAUCUGGGAGUCCUCCCACAAUGAAAUAUGGAUUGACUAG